AUGGCACCCAACUCAAUCUCCAAGGCGAACCCCAACGGCUAUAAGCCAAAGGGAAAAAAGCCCACGAAUUUCAAGAAGCAUCUCUCUCUGUCUCGCGAGGAGCAGGCCGCAGUUGACGAGUUCCGGACCUUCUAUUCGGAAUCUCCAAAAUCCAACGAAAGAAAGAACGACGAGAAGUCGGGCUAUACGCCAGCCGACUAUGAUACCCCCAGGACAAAGAUGGAAAACCCGCUUCCUGCGGGUGCCAAAGGCCUAAGUGCCUCUCGCUGGGCUACCAGCCCCAAAGAGGAGUCAAAAGAUAGAGCUCCUUUCGUCCCUCAGAUUUCGACAACAUCAACCUCAAAGGCCAAAGCCCAGUACCGCUACUCCAAGAAGUUUGGUCCUACUCCCGAGGAGGACGCCGCCGACAACGGUGAAUCGUUUUACCAAGCCGCCGACCACGAUACACCCAGGGCGAGAAUGGAGAACCCGCUCCCUUUCGGAAAUAAGGGCUUAGCGGGCUCACGCUGGGCCAAGAAGGAGGAGUCAAAGGAUAGAGCGCCUUUCGUCCCUCCGAUUUCGACAACAUCAACCUCAAAGACCAAAGCCCAGUACCGCUACACCAAGAAGUACGGUCCGACCCCCGAGGAGGACGCCGCUGUGGCGGCUUUCUUUGCUGAAUCUCCGAAGAAGGAUGGUAAAGAGCAGAAGGACAAUGCCCCUGGUGAAUCGUUAUACCAGGCCGCCGACCAUGAGACCCCCAGAGCGAAAAUGGAGAACCCGCUCCCUUUCGGAAACAAGGGCUUAGCGGGCUCUCGCUGGGCUAAGAAGGAUGAGUUCAAUAAUUGA